AUGGCCCGCCCAGUGCUUUCCAUCAUGAUUGUGGCAGCGGCUGCUGUGGCGCUCCUGUCCCAGAGCAUGGCCUUCUUGGCUGGUCCCAAGGAAGUGCCCCGUGUGGUGGUCCCAGCCGCUGCCCUUGCUCCAAUGCUGGUGUCCUCUGCUGCUCACGCCGAAACCUUGGACUCCGACUGGAUCACUCCAACCUACGAGGACCCCUCCUCCGGCACCUCUGCCGAUCUUGGCUACCUGCUCUUCUUCACCGCGAUCUCUAUCGUGGCCAUCGCCAGGGACACCUUCAGCAAGAGUGACUCCAAGAGCCUGAAGGAUGCUGUCUUGGGAAAGGACUGA